GGAGAGUGCCGCGGCGCGGGCCGCGGUGCGCGCGCGGCCUUGUGCACCGAGUUUGCGGCGAGCUCUGCCCUGGGUCCUCUGGGAAUCCCGGCGGUCCACAGACUCCGAGUGCUGGCAAAGUGAACAGAGUAUCCGCAUCCUUAUUACAAAAGGCACCUGCGUUGGGAAAUUAGACUGUAACAAUUCACCAUGGCUUAUGGCUUGCCAAGGAAGAACUCAGUGAAAACCAUUCUGCGGGGCAGUUAUCAAGUAGAGCAACCGUGGGAUCUUGCACAGCUUACAGAGAUCUGGUACACCAACCUGGCCAAAAUCAAGUUCCCAUUCUUGCAAGAAAUUACAUUUGGUAGUCCUGUACACCUCAAAAGGUGUAAAAUCAGAAAGGAUGGUCUGCUUCCUACUGCAGAAGACAUCAAACUGGAAAGGGAAAGUGAAGUGAAACAUCUGAAUAAUCUGAAACAUCAGGAAAAUAUAGCUGAGGAAAUUCAAUUUGCCCUAAGGGGAAAGCAAGGUGGUUUGAGAAGACCUCUUCCCCCUAAGUGACAGUCUCCUCAGAAUCCAGUCUGUGCUCUGUGCCUUCCAGUCUGGAGGGAUGAAGGUCUGCAGCCUGUCUCUGUGUGAGUUUCCCUGCAGGCAUGUGAAUGCUGCUGGGGGAUGAGCCAGCUCCAAUGGCUGAGUGGACAGCUCUGACAGGCCUUCUGGUCCCUGCCACCCACCUGUUCCAUUGUGUCACAAGCAAU